AUGUGGGGAAUUUUUUGUUUUAUUACUAUUGCAUUUGCCAUUGACGGAAGUAGUUAUUCUCAGUGUUCUUCACCAUACCAAAUUCUCAAAUAUCCAUUGAGUGAAGAAUUUACAUUUGACCCCAAUUCAAAGAAUCCUGGAAUAUGUGGAGAAGAUUCUGAAGAUGUUAGUUCUAUUUGGGUAGAAUUAAAGAAUGAUGGAGAAACAGUCAAUACAUAUACAAUUGACGUAAAUAGUUCUAUUGCAGUUCAUAAUACUUGUGACAGUGAAUGUAUUGAUGCUCUUUCAGAACAUUCUACUUUAACAGUAGCAGCAAAAUCAAGUCUUUUCUUAGUUCUUAAAGGAAGUGGAGUUGUGUCUAUUUCUAUUUCAGAAAAUAAAAUAUCUUCUUCUGAAAAUCCUGUCUCAGUUACAGUAUUUCCAUAUGAAGAAGUUUUUACAACAGCAAAAGUCUCUUCGACAUGUUCUGGAUUAACUGAAGGUGUUUUCCUUGAAUUUCCUGAUAUGGCUAAAGUACCUGUAACACUUAGUACCUGUGGAUCAACUGCAGCUGUACAAGUUAUUCUUCAUAAAAAAGAUUCAUGUGAAGUUCCUGAACAAUCUAUCUGUGAAAAUGGAAAUGGUAUUAUUGCUACAUUUAUUGGAGAGCCAAUGACAAUUGAAUUAUUAGGUGGAAAUGAAGGAGAUUUUAAUGAAGGAAGUGUUUCUGUUCAAUUAAAAUAUGACACAGCACCAGAAUGUGAAAAUGCUACAGAAUUUAAUGUAGAUGAAAAAGGAGGAGUUCUUAUGAGAACAGUAUAUAGUGGUAUUCCAAAAAGUGAUGAUAGAUGUAGUAAAGAAUUAUAUUCAUAUGAUAUUGUUCAUAUCAAUGGUGUUGAAAAAACUGAAAUUACUUUUACUGUUAGUAAAGAUGUUAAAUAUGAAAUUCAUAUCUUUGAAAAUUGUGAAAUGAAAGAAUGUAUUGAGUCUAUAAGUAAAAAUGAAAAUACAACAACAUUUAAUUUAGAUUUAACUGAAAAAAGUUAUUAUAUUAAAGUUGGUAUUAACGCUAAUGAAAAUGUUGAUUAUACACUUCAUAUUAAAGGAGAUGAUAAAGAAAAUGGACUUUCAACUGGAAUGAAAGUGUUUAUUGGUAUUUUCAUUGUUGUUGCUGUUAUUACUAUUAUUGCUGGUAUUAUAGCAAUUAUUUUUGCUGUUGUGAAAACAAAAAAGAGUGGAUACAGUAAUAUUUAA